AUGUCUAAAAUUGGUAACGUUUUAGCUUUAGUUAUUUUCAUAUCGAAUGCCAUAAACAAUGGAUUUUCGUUGCCGGAUGAAAUUUAUGGUGCAAGUGUUCACUGGAGACCCACUGGAGCAAAUUCUAUUGCUUUGUCUUAUCGCUUGGUCUGGAAAAGAACGCUGUGUGGUGCACCGGGAAACUGGAACGGGGAUACGUGCUACAAAAACACUUUUCUGACUGGUACCAAGUCUGCUGUUAGCGUCCGAAGCUAUUUCAACGGGUACAAGUGGAGAUUUAGGACCGGAAAUGCGUCCGUUGACAUUGACUUGUCAGAUUUAUAUUUUACAGAUAUAGGAGUGUUACAUGAAAUUGCUUAUGAGACUGGAGUUGGGAUAACAACGGUUCUGUUUGAUCCAAAAGAGGACACAGCAAACAUAUUGCUAAGUUUAAUGGAUUCAAGCAACGUUGCUUUAGGAGGACUUGGGAACGGUCAUCUAAACAUGGCAGUGAGAAAUGACACAAAACGGGCAAAUAUAAGUCCACUUUUAAAUGUCUUUCCUGUUUAUCGAAUACCAUUAGGAUGUAGCUCUGUCUUUCGACUUUUCCCAUUUGACGGGGAUGGUGAUUUUGUAAAAUGCCACUGGGACAGCUUUCCUUUACGGAGUGAUAAAGAAAUUCACGCAGUUUUGAACGAGGAUUUAUGCGAGCUAACAGUGCAGGCGGUGGCACCGAUAUUUCAAGCAGGUGAUACCCUCCAUAUAUCUCUUUAUGCCGAGGAUUAUUCAAGAUUUCCAGUCAAGCUCACGGGAGAUUCGAACGAUAUAACGACUGGUCCCUUCAGUCGUACUCCCUUAAAGCUUAUAGUUUAUAUCGGAAAUGCUUCGGUAAACUGCGACAAAAGUCCAACAUUUACACGAAAAGGGACCUUGAUACCAUAUUUCAAACGGUCUUACAUCCUGCCAUUUCAACACGCCCUGGUCAAGCUUCCAUUUGAAACUAAUACUGAGACUGACCGAAUAUUGACGACUGGUCCCAGGUACAUGACAUUUGAACAACGUCAGAAUGGAUCACAGAUAGAGGAAGGUGUCUGGAACAAUUUAAUAGAUCCAUCAAUGAAGGGAAUCCAUCAGGCUUGUGGCACCGCUUACACACAUGAUGGGAUACCCGGAGAGAGUAGAUGUGCCGUUUUAAUGGUGAAUGAUUUGGAUGAAUGCAAAUCAAACCCGUGUAACCGCGCCCCGGGCGGUAUUUGUGACAACUUGUUCGAAUACUACACUUGCACAUACCCAGGCGAUCUGACAUAUGAUGGCAGCAAAUGGACUGCUCCCUGUAAACCAGAGAGAAUUGUAGAAAAGGCAGACGACAAUCUAGGGGUCAAGGUUGGCUUGCCUGUUGGGCUUUCUUUACUUCUGCUUUUAAUUGUCGUAGGAGUAACGAUGUAUCUGAAAAGAUACUGGACGGAGAAACUAAAGAAUUCCGUGGUAGAACCAGAUACUCCGGUCUGUACGUUGGACAAAAAUCAAACAGAAAAAGAUGUCGCUUAGACUAAAAGACCCGGUAUUGACAAUAUGUACAGCGAUUAAUUUUAACAUAUUCAAUGGAUGAAAUAAACUCUCCAUACGACAUAAAGCUUUAUUGUUUUCUUGCUUAGG